AUGAUGCACUGCAUACAUUUUCAGUGGUAAACAUGGCGGCGAGGGCACCAGUUGCAGCGGGCAGGUUUGUCGGCGGCUUCCGCAAAUGGUAUUACAACAUGUGCGGUUUCAACAAAUUGGGUUUAAUGCGGGACGACACCAUUCAUGAGGAUGAUGAUGUGAAAGAAGCCCUGAGGAGAAUCCCUGAGAACUUGUACAAUGACAGGAUGUUUAGGAUCAAGAGGGCUCUGGAUCUCUCCAUGAAGCAGCAGAUCCUUCCCAAGGAUCAGUGGACUAAAUAUGAGGAGGAUGUUCACUAUCUGACUCCGUACCUGGACGAGGUGGUCCGUGAGAGGAAAGAAAAAGAGGAAUGGAUGAAGAAGUAGACCAGACCUUUGUUUCUUCUAUAAAUGUUGUCACUGGUCUGCUGCAUGAUCCCCCUGGUGUUGUAUUUAAAAUGAAAACAAAGUUAUUAAAACGGUAUAAUUUUGAGAAAAUAA